GGAUCGAAAAUGGAUGUCUGCUAGUCGAUUGUCAAAAGAAUAUGAAGAUGGGGUGAAAGAGUUUCGUAGAUUUGCAGUUGAGCAUGCAAAAGAUCCUAGUAGAAUUAUUUGCCCUUGCUUGAAGUGUUGUCAUUCAAAGUUAGUUAAUGCGGAUGUGUUGGAAGAACAUUUAGUAUGUAAUGGAAUUGAUAAAAGUUAUUCAUGUUGGACAAAACAUGGUGAAACUAGAAACAUGGAUGUUGACCUUGAUUUACAAGAUAGUGUCAAUUAUGCACCAAGCGAGCCCGACACAACAUAUGAGUUUGACCAAGUUGAAGAGAUUGUAAAUGUUGUUGAAGAGGAUCUUCGUGAUUGUCCUGAGAUGUUUGACAGAUUGGCAAGUGAUGCAAAUACAUCAUUAUAUGAUGGUUGUACUAAGUUCACAAGACUAUCAGCAGUGUUAAAGCUACUCAAAUUAAAAGCAGGAAAUGGAUGGUCUGAUAAGAGUUUCACAGAAUUACUAACUCUUUUAAAAGAUAUGUUGCCAAAAGAUAAUGUACUUCCUAAUCGGAUGUACGAGGCUAAAAAAAUGUUAAGCUCCAUUGGCAUGAGUUAUCAGAAGAUACAUGCUUGUCCUAAUGAUUGCAUUCUUUUUCGAAAUGAAUACGCAUCGCUAGAUAAAUGUCCUAAAUGUAACGUCUUGCGUUAUAAGAAAAAUAAAGUGCCAACCAAAGUGGUAUGGUACUUUCCUAUAAUACCAAGAUUCAGGCGCAUGUAUCGUAGUGUAAAAGAUGCAAAGAUAGAGACAUCGUUCAAAUAGAGAUAUCGGAUUACUAACUCUAUUUGCA